CCGCGAACGCGAGUGGAUCGCUUACCUUUUUUUUUUUCAAAUUUUUAAACUGUUCCCCAAGGAUAGAGGGACAUUAUCGCAGUGAAGUGUGCUGUACAAAUAAAAUGUGUCUAUAUUUUGUGAUCGCUGUAAUCCUGGCUGGUUCCCAACUGUCCAACGCCUUUUGGUGGCCAAAGACAACAACGGAAACCAGGGAGCCAAGUGUUCCGGUGCUGCAGCACAUCCCGCUCACCUACUUCCGCACGUACACCUAUCAGCCGCUGGGUCCCGGAUUCUUUGGCUUCGGAGCUGCCCAGACACCCCUGCUUCCCGGUGGCCAGUACGAUCCGUAUGCGGUGACCAGCUAUGCGGCUGCCCGGCGACAUGACUCCUUGUCCCGGCCGGAAGUUACUCCUCCGGCGGGAUUGCCCAGUAGCAGUAGCAGUAGCACCACUAGCACCACCACCACUCCAGCUCCAACAACCACGCCGACGACAACGACGACUACUACGACGACGACCACCACUCCGGCACCGACGACAACGAGCAGCACUACAACUACGACGACAACACCACCACCACCACCGCCUAGAUCAACCAGUAGCAGUUACUCCGAGGGAUCAUCCACUUCCAGUUUGAUGCGAUUUGGUGAAUAUCCCACGUACAAUCGCCGGUUGAGCAACCUCUACAACGGCAGGCCCCAGUAUCCGUAUCCCGACUACUUUAACUACCAGUCGUCGCAUCAUAAUCUGUUGUCGGAUCAAGGCGCCAGCGGCAGUCGCAUCCAAUUUGUGCCCUGCAUGUGUCCAGUGAGUGUGCCCAGUUUGGUCUCAUCCUCGCCGGUGGCCACAGUGUCUCCCCAUCUGGCCACCACAUCCACCAGUGUCUACCAGUCCCAGCCGGUGGCGCGUCACAUCGAUAGCAAGGAAGUGGAAGUGGAAGCGGAUGCUGAUGGCGAGACAGAAAGCGAGGGAGAGGAGGAGGAGGACGACGGGGAGGAGGAGCAGGGACAGGAGGAGGGUGCCACCAAGGACCAGCCGGAAACGCAGGAGACGACUUCAUAUAGUCCCGCCUAAUUUAGUUCAGCCCGCAUCCGUAGUAUUAAGCACCACUCCUCGACUGAUUUGUCACUAUCUCGGGGGUGUCCCAGAAAUCUCUUUCAAACAAUUUUCAAUCGUGUGUCACAGGAACUUUCAAUUUUGACUAAACAAACGCGCAAAAAACGAAAAAAAAAAUGCCUAAAAGUGGGCUACAAAUUUGCAAGC